AUGUAUAAAAUAAUCUAAAAACUAGGAGAUGGUGUUUUUGGCAGUGUUACAAAAGCACUUGAUGAAAGAACUCAUGAAUUUGUAGCCAUUAAAUCUUAUAGAGACAAUUCGAUUAAAGAUGAAUCAAAAAUUAAGGAAAUCCAAAUUCUUAAAAAACUUAAUCAUCCAAAUAUUAUAAAAUUGAGAGAUGUCAUCAAAUAAAAUAAAACAAUAGCUAUUGUACUUGAUUAUUCAGAAAGAAACCUUUUAUAAUAUUAUAAAUCUGUUAAGGAAAAGAAUAGAACUCUUUGUGAAUAGCAGAUUCAAAGUAUUGUGUAUUAAAUUGCAAGUGCCUUAAAUUAUUUGCAUAGUCAAGGAUAUUUACAUAGGUAUGACAAUUAAUUAAUAAUAGGGAUUUAAAACCAGAAAAUAUUAUGAUUUAAGAUAAUGGAAUAGUCAAAUUAAUAGAUUUUGGAUAAGUUACAUAUUAAAAUGAAUAACACACUGAUUAUGUUUCGACUAGAUGGUAUCGGGUAAGAUAUAAUUAUCAUUGAUUUAGUCUCCGGAAUAAAUCAAGUAAGAAUAAUACAAUCAAGAAGUAGAUAUUUGGGCUUUGGGUUGCAUUCUUGCAGAAUUAUAUUUAUUGAAUCCUUUAAUACCUGGUACUACAGAAAUAGAUUAACUUUAUCAAAUUUAAAAUCUCAAUUUGAAUUAACAUUAAAAACUAAUACCUAUGCAACCAUUAAAUCUAAUUAAAAGUAUGCUUGAAGAAGAUCCACACUAAAGAAUAACUGCAGUUGAGAUUCUGCAAUCUAAUUGGUUAUCUUAACCAUUCAAAUAUUUGCCAAAAGAGCUGGAAUUGAAAGAUGAUACUAAAUACUUAAUUAGUCCUUAGUAGACUCCAGCAAAAGCAAAUAAGAUAUUUGGUAAGUAAGAGAAUAAUUAAAAUUUACUAAAUCAUCAAACUAAACCAAAUUUCAACUUUAAUUAAGUUACAAAUAAUCUAGAAGAAGAUUUAGAUUGUGGUUACAUACCUUCAUAUGCUUCAUCAUUAUAAGGCACAAGUAAAAAGAGAUAAAUAAGAUUAUAAACGGAUGAAUAAUAAAAUACAUAACGAUAAUAAUAGGACAUUUAACAGUCAUAUUAAAUUGGUAGUACAAAUAAUUAAUAAUAAUAAUCAAAUACUAAAAACUUUUAUUCAAAACCGUAUAAUAUAUUUUUAAUCAUUUAGAUUAUUAAACACCUCCAAAAAAUAAGGAAAUCAAGCAGAGAUUUAUUGA